AUGAGAACAAAUAGUUGUUGUGUUGUUAAUUGCAAAAAUACUGGCAGAAAUAGUAAUUGUAAAUUUUACACAUUUCCAACUGCUAGUUGGAAAUUAGACAAAAGAAAGAAAUGGAUAAGUGCAGUAAGGAGAAAAAACCCUGAUGGAUCACCGUGGAAGCCGAAACCAACUGAUUGUAUUUGUAGUGAUCAUUUUGUUGGUGGUAGAAAAGCAGAAGAGGAGUCGAGUCCAAGUUACAUCCCAACAAUUUUUCCAUCAAUUUAUAAAAAACCCAAAAUAGAUGAGAAUGCAGCUGUAGAUAGGCACACACGUUUUUUAAACAGGAGAAUAACAAAAAAAAAAUUUACACCCUUGACAGUGAGUACCAGCACUGAAGCUACUCCAGAAAAUAUUGAAAUCGCAAUGGAUAAUGUAAUAGAUCCUGUUAUUGAUUGGAACGAAAAGGCUGAUAAAGAAUGUCAAGUUGAUUUUCUUUCUAAUUCACAUGAAGUUGGAAAAACCUUUAUUUGCAAUAGAUAUAUGUACAUUAAUGCAGAAAAAUGUGAUGCAGAGAUCCAAACAGAAAUAGAAGAUGUUGUGAUAACUAAAUGCACAAUGAAUCGAAAGAAAUACAGUGAUAAAGGAUGUAAUACCCCGACUAAAACAUUCGUAGACCAAUGUAGUGAAACAGUAGAAAAAAUUUUUCUUGGUUUCGAAUCUAUUGAAGAAGAUGAGCAGCUGAUAGACUUAGCUGGAGUAACUUUUAAUAAUUUUAAAUUUUUAUUGAGAAGGACAAAUACCUCGCAUAAAUGGACAAUUGGAAAAGAGGACAGACUUUUGAUUUUCUUAAUGAAAAUAAAAAAUGGGCUAACAUUUUCAGCUUUAGGUGUUUUGUUUAGUGUUCACAGGACGACGAUUUCGAGAAUUUUUUAUUCAACUUUACAAACGUUAGCUACAGCAACGACUAAUUUAGUUUUUUGGCCAAGGAUUGAUGUUGUUCAAGCAACAAUGCCAAAAUGUUUUUAUCCAAAGUACAGUAAUACUCGAGUAAUAAUCGAUUGUACUGAAUUUAAAAUUGAAGUUCCAUCCAGUGUUGAUAAUCGCGUUUAUUGUUAUUCACAUUAUAAAAAAAAUUUUACUGCUAAAGUUCUGAUUGGCAUUACUCCUGGAGGUUUCAUUUGCUUAAAAUCUAAAGUAGCUGGUGGAAGAAAAACAGAUUCACAAUUAACUAUUGAAUCUGGAUUAAUCGAUAAAUUGGAGGAAGGUGACGUUGUUUUAGCUGAUAAGGGUUUCCCAGAAAUAAAAGCAACAAUUGACCAAAGUGGAAAGAAAAUUAUGAUUGUAAUGCCACCAUUUUUGGAGAAAAAAACAGCAUUUUCAACAGAAGAAACUGAAGAAACUUAUCACGUAGCCAGAGUGAGAAUCCACGUUGAAAGAAUUAUGCAACGGUUACGACUGCAUUCGAUUUUGGAUAAAAUUACAGAAAAUUUGUUCCCUUACGUCGAUGAUAUUUUACACAUUUGUUGUGUACUGGUCAAUUUACAGCCCCCAAUAAUUUCAAAUAAAGAAAAACCCGAUGAAUGA